GUCAAGAUGGCUGCGCCCUUAGUGUCAUUUUUUCUCUUUAAGCUGAGGGAACGUCGCAUGCAUUUGUGAACUAAAGGGGAGAAAGCAGCAGCUGAAGAUGGAGAGGAGGGAGUUGGCUGCCUCUCUGUUUGCGGGAGGCUGUGCAGGUAUGUUUGUGGAUCUGACCCUCUUCCCCCUGGACACCAUUAAGACCAGACUACAGAGUCAACAAGGUUUUUUCAAGGCAGGAGGCUUCAGGGGUGUCUACGCUGGGGUCCCAGCUGCUGCUGUUGGUUCAAUUCCCAAUGCUGCUCUUUUCUUUGGCACCUACGACUUCACCAAGUCCUUGCUUGGCUCAAGGGGACCACUAGCAGCACCACACAUGGCACCUGUCACUCACAUGAUCGCCGCCUCCCUCGGAGAAACUGUAGCUUGUCUUAUCAGAGUGCCCACAGAAGUGAUCAAGCAGAGAACCCAGGCUUUGCCAUCAUCAACCAGCUACCACAAUCUCCUGGCCACACUACAAGAGGAGGGUGUUCGAGGCCUGUAUCGAGGAUUUGGGAGCACAGUUCUCAGAGAGAUCCCGUUCUCCCUGGUGCAGUUUCCUCUGUGGGAGUACUUUAAGUCAAAAGACCCUCUCUCUCUAUUUCUCUCCACACCAUCUGGGCACAUCCGUUGGCGCAGAGUUGAACUGAGCUGGAAUCUGGACCUUCGCUCUUCUUCAUCCAGAUACUCUGUGGUCGCAGAGGCAAGGUCACAGACUCCACUCUUGGCAGGCUGCAGUGUGCGGAUCUUUUGCAGGUGCCAUAGCAGCCUUUGUUACCACUCCUCUCGAUGUGGCCAAGACCAGGAUCAUGCUCGCAAAGGUCGGCUCUUCCACUGCAAGUGGCAACAUCCCACUGGUGCUCUACGAGGUGUGGACAACCCGAGGUCUUACAGGUCUGUUCGCAGGCAGCAUAUCCAGGAUGAUCUACAUCAGCGCUGGAGGUUUCAUCUUCCUGGGAGCUUACGAGAAGGUACGACGCACCUUGCUAUAGCGGCGUUCAGGACAGCGGCCCAUUGGUCGACGGGACUCUCAGAAGCAGUCUUUGUUUCCGAGCUGCUGGGACACUGAGGACAGAACCACCAGCUGAUGAUGAAAGCUGGAGACAUUCGUCAACAGCUGGGUUUUAAUAAAUAGACUGUUUUUUUUUUUA